AACACGCUCCCGGCAUAACCACAACCAAACUCGUAGAAUACAAUCCGAUGAAAACAAUAGUGUGUGAAUAUGAAUCAUCAAACCAGUAAAUCGUGUUCUGUGUCAAAAUGUAGUUGUGUAGGAAGAAGAAUAUAAUACAUGAAAUAGUGAUCCAACCUAUAGAAUAUUUUAAAGUAGCGAAUGAUAUAAGGACCUUUAAUAUUGUGGUAUUGAUCAAGAAAUGUUUAUGCAAAUAAAAUAACUAAAAAUCUUUAUUGGGAUAAUUUUCGUGACAAACUUCGCGUGUGAACUCUAGGUACAAGAGAGCCAAUAACAAUUUUAGCAGUGUUUAAAAUAAAUAACUACGUAGGUACCCACGUUGAAUUAAUGUCCCUCGAUAUACGAUGUUAUAAUAUUCUAUAUACAUUCCAGUAUUCCGUGAAGGUCACGCCUUGUUGACUCUACCAAAGUCAACUCAAUGUGUCCAGAAUCUUUUCUUAUUUGAAGCUUUUACUUAACCUUUCUAUACCCUCAAUUCUUUUAAAUAUGAAAUUUUCAAUCAUUCAUUGAGUAGAGUGCUCAUAAUCUAAUAAUUAUAAACUAUUUUUUGGUUUAAUCAAAUGGAAAAUCAGUUUAUUUAAUUCAAAGAAGCUAAAGCAUGGCAUAUAAACGUUAGCUCGUGCUGAAGCCAGACAUUACACAAGUUCAAUGACAUCACUAAAAUAUCGAUUUACAUAACACAUGAGUACAAUUGUAUCGUAAUGAUAGAUACUGUUGCUCGUGUAUGAUCGAUUUUUACAUUAUUAGAGCAAACGAAAACAAAGUGCUUCAGUCAAUUGGCUCAUUUAUGCGAUAGAGCAGGUGAUAUCACCGCAUAAUAGACGCAUUGACGACGGCUGGGUGCUCGGCGCGCCGCUAAUGUGUGCGCGAGAUACCACAAUGUUUGCUUUGUGAUAAUGACGGGAUUCUGCGCGCGCAUACCGGCAUCGUACCAAAACGCUGACCACGUGCUUUUCACCGUGCCUCGCGGACAAUAAUAAUUAGAACUGAGAUAUAUAUACAGAUAGAUACAGUGCGCAAAAGUGUGAAUAUUACGUCACGUAACGUGUUGGUGAUUAUUGUGAGUGCAAUAUACGGAGUGUGUCGGUGUACUGGUGCGCCGAUAUGUUGUUGCAUGGUGACGUAGCGGGAGGGCCUGUACAACGGAGGCACUUAGGUCUCUUAGGAGUUCUAUGCUCUCGUGGAGUACAGGCCGGGGCAGCGCGAGUCGCUCGCGCCCGCCGCCCGCGAGGCCGCCAGUACUGCUCGAGGAGCAAUCGAGUGACGAGGACAGUGACCAUGAUUCCCAAGGGGCGCUGCUCGCGGGCGCCGUCGCCAGGGCUAGACGACGACAUGCCGUAAAGUUUAAGAGGAAGUCAAAGAUUGCCUUCAGAACACCAAGACGCACAAGCGAAAGUGCCGGCGGUGCGCGAGUGAUUCGCUCGACACCUGACUGGAGUGACACUGCCAUCAGCAGCGAGCAUCUCUGGGCACCCACGUCUGUCUCCGGAGACUUCUGCUACGUUGGAGAUGCUGAAUGCCAGAAACACGGAUCUCGAAUGAAAUGCUCAGCCUGCAAGAUCGUAGCACACCAGGCCUGUAUAGAUAUCCUUAUUGACCGGGUGCAGUUCUCAUGCAAGCCUACCUUUCGGGAUGUGGGGGUUCGGCAAUACAGGGAGCAGACCCUCACUCACCACCACUGGGUCCAUCGCCGUACAGAGAAGGGCAAGUGCAAGGCAUGCGGCAAGUCAUUCCGGCGCCGCUGCUGUGGUUGGUGCCUAACACCCCAAAGAUCUGUAGACAAGGCUAUUGAAUUACAUGACGAAAUAGAAGAUCGUUCACUUCAAGCAAAACUGUCAUUUAGUUCUAAAGAAAUCGUUGCACUGAGUUGUUCCUGGUGUAAAGAUGCCUACCACAAUAAAGAAAGCUGCUUUAAUUUACAAAGGAUAGGAGAAGAGUGUUCAUUAGGUACGCAAUCCAAUAUAAUCGUCCCGCCGUCGUGGAUUGUGAAACUCCCGAAACGGGGUAGCUUUAAAUCUUCGUUAAGAAAAUCUCCCAAAAAGAAGAAUACAGCGAAAAAAAAGGGGAAGGAUUCCAAAAGUGAACAAAAGACUUUUGUAAUAAAACCAAUUCCAACUGCCAACGUGAAACCCGUGCUGGUUUUUAUUAAUCCGAAGAGUGGAGGCAAUCAAGGGGCGAAACUAUUGCAAAAAUUUCAAUGGCUUCUCAACCCCAGACAAGUGUUCGAUCUAACCCAGGGUGGACCAGGACCAGGGUUAGAGAUGUUUCGCAAAGUACACAACUUGCGGGUACUGGCAUGUGGUGGCGACGGGACAGUGGGCUGGGUUCUAAGCGUACUGGACCGCAUCGGAUCGCGACCAGCGGUGGGCGUGCUGCCACUGGGAACUGGCAACGACCUUGCAAGAGCGCUCGGCUGGGGCGGGGGAUAUGAAGAUGAGCCGAUUUCAAAAAUAUUGGCUCAUAUCGGUGAGAGCGACACCGUGCUACUGGAUCGCUGGCAGUUGAAGGUCGAGCCGAACGAGGCGGCCUCGGGUGAAGACACAAGCAAUGCUAAACCGGAGUUGCCGCUCAAUGUUGUCAACAAUUAUUUCUCUUUCGGCGUCGAUGCGCAUAUCGCUCUCGAGUUUCAUGAAGCGAGAGAGGCACAUCCAGAGAAAUUCAACUCUCGCAUAAGAAACAAGCUUUUUUACGGCACCGCUGGUGGCAAAGAUCUCAUGCAGCGCAAAUGGAAGGGUCUCGCUGAAUUCGUCACAAUGGAGUGCGAUGGGAAAGAUUAUACACCUGUGCUUCGAGAGCAUAAAGUACAUGCAAUUGUUUUCUUAAACAUUCCAAGCUACGGGGGUGGAACUCACCCUUGGAACAAGUCGGGAGGAACUUCCGAGCCCUCGACUGAAGAUGGUUUAAUAGAAGUAGUAGGAUUGACCACAUAUCAAUUGCCAUUAUUACAAGCUGGCGGUCACGGUACAUGCAUCACUCAAUGCAAAACUGCUAAGAUCGUAACCACCAAAGUAAUUCCAAUGCAAGUUGAUGGAGAGGCUUGCAGACUCGCGCCCUCGGUCAUCACAUUGUGCAGGUUAAACCAGGCAAUCAUGCUUGCUAAGAAGAAGCCUGGAAGAGUAUUAGCCCCCCUAGCGACAAUGGAUAAACUGUCACUCACCGUUAAUCUCAUAACGAUGGUUGACUAUGAGCGUCAUCAUUACGAUAAAGAACUAUUAGCUAAAACAGCGGAACGGAUCGGCACUUUGGAAGUGAACCCAGCAGCUGACUUAGAACAAAUGCGAACUCUCAUUCAAAACAUGAUCAAAGAAUCUCAAACAUACUCGAAUCUUGUUGACUGGUGGUUCGUCGACUCUGUGACAGCUGAACGGUUCUUUCGAAUCGACAAAGCUCAAGAGAACCUCCACUAUCCUACCGACAUCGGACAUGAAAACAUUUAUAUCCUCGACGCGGCACCACUCACUCCUGAUACUGAAUCAACGGUUCACCCUGACACCACCGCAACAGCGUCUUUAGAUCGUACCGGGCCAUCAGUGUCUCUAGACACAACCACAGGGCUAUCGGUAUCGCUGGACAUAUCACAAAGUGUGGACACUCCCAGUGCCGGAGUUUCUUUGGAUGUUCCAGAAUCACAUGCUAGCGAAUCGGGGUUAGGGAGCCCAGCGCGAACCUCAGAGGAAAUGCUAUCGCCACAAACGCCGCCAUCAGGAAUGCAGUCCCAGUCCACGCCUUCCGCCCCAAGAAUAUCCGUCCUGCCAUCAUCCAAAACAUCGCCUCAUCCCCCUAAAAUACCAUCAAUACAAGACAACUCCCCACCCCUCUGCACUAGUCCUCCAGUCAAAGAUCUGCAAGCUAAUCGCGAAUCUAUUGCACGGUUUAAAACCGUUCACGAAAAGUUGUUUGGAUUUGACCAAGAAGUUUUGGGAUGUAGAAAUUUGUUGGAGAAAACAACUGACGCGCUACUGAAGGCUGCAAAAGUGGGCGAUUUGAAAAUGAUGAAAGAGCUUCACGCGUCUGGCUACUCGCUGCUGUCAAUCGACGCCAGCGGGCAGACGGCGUUGCACAUCGCAGCCCGCUACGGAAACAAGGAGAUAGUGAAGUACCUGAUCGCAAGUGCCCCAUCUGCGAUACUCAACAUGCGUGACAACGAGCGGGGGCAGACAGCGUUGCACAAAGCCGCAGCGCACAAGCGGCGAGCUAUAUGCUGUAUGUUAGUGGCUGGCGGGGCUUCGCUGACGCGGCAGGAUCACGCCGGCCUGACGCCGCGCCACCACGCCCUGAGAGCAGAGGAUCACGACCUAGCGGCCUAUUUAGAAAGCCAAGAACAUUUUCAAUUGGUGUCAGAAGAUUUAGAGACAGCUGUGUGAGAGGAAGACAAAAUAAUGAUAAAUCAAAGGCAAUAUCAAAAACGGAAACUUUUAAGGUCCAAACUAAACUUUGAAAUAAUGACUCUAAUAUUUUUAAAUUUUUGUGUAGGUACUCAAGCACCAAAGUGAUAUUGAGAAUUUCAAAUUAUAGUAUUUAUCGCUUAAAUAUAUUUCCAUUAAAGUGAUUUAGAUUUAUAAAUAAUCAUAGAUCUUGUUUCUAAUUAUAAUAAGGUUCUGAGAAUCAAAACUCAUUAGAAUUACUAUUUAUCUAUACAAUAAAAUGUAUAAUACCUAUUUCCUUUUAAUCUACUGCACAUAAUAUGACCAAAGUAAUAGACGAUAUUUUUCUAAAUAAUACAAAAUAUUUAAUUUUUUUCAUAAUAUUGGAACUGCUUUUUACAUAAUCUACGUCAGUUAUUAGAAAUUAAUAUUCUUAUUGUGUGGCAAUAAGAGAGGUCAGUGUGAAUACCUAAAUCGCACUUCAUAAUUUCACGCAGUAUUACAUAAUAUGUUAAUGAGUGGUUAUGACAUUAUGUGCACAUUUUUUUUAAAUAUAAUAAAUAAAUGUGUGUAAGUGAAUAUUACGACUUAUAGAACUUAUUCACUUUUCAUCCAGAAUUGGAAAACUGUUAACUGAAUGAAAUAUUGCUAUUUCGCGAACCGUCCAGUCGCGCGUUAGUAAAUUUACGAAAAUUUUCAUUGAAAUGUCUAUAAAGUUGGGAACUAACUUUAUAGACAUUUCAAUGAUAACCUAUAAUGUUCCUGUAAACGGCAUUGGCUUCUGAAUAUUUUCUUGUUUAUAUUUUCUUUAUGAAAAAAAAGAUAAAAGCUACCUAACUGGACAAAAGCGAAAAAUAGUACAUCCAGAAUUGCGCAUAUUAAGAAACAUACUUCCACGAUAAAAAACUUCUAAUUUUAUGUGUUGUCAUGUGCCGGAACCGUUAUAAAGGUAAGGCGCUGGAACAGCUUCACGCUUACUUGGUCUCAUAUCAAACUCCCGAGUAAUUUCAAUAACUUUUGUUGUACUUAUGUUGUUUAUAACUACUCAAGAACCGUGGUAUUUAAUCAAAUAUUUUUAAAAAGUAAAAAAAAAUUCAAUUCAAUAAUUCAGAGGAGAAAGGUGAUUCUAAUCGCCAGUUUAGCACCGAUUAUGUCCGAUCGAAUCAAAAAAAGCAGUUAUGUUUCUUAAUUAAGAAGUAAUAUUUUCUGAAUAAAAUGCUUGUGACAUGUGUAAGAAUGAAUGGCUAUAUAUAUAUGUAGUUCCAUUUUUGACUACGGAAUUUUGAGAUGAUCUUUACGGUGGAAGCUUUAUAGCAAUGACCUGACAUCGCAAUUUUAUCAAAGUAACAUCUAAAUCUCCUAAAUGUAAGUAUUUAAUAUUAUUUCAAUUACUUUGGAAUCUGAGUUAACAUUUUUUAUUUGUUGGAAAGAACUAUCUACGUUAAAAUAAGCCUACAGUUCUGCCCACAUAACCAACCAGUUUAAAAAAAACAUUCUAGUAGUACUCAUGCGUGUCAAGUCUAGAAAUUCAUGUGUUUUUCCGUAGAUACCUUUCCUAAAUUACUCAGUGAGAGAGUUUAAUGUAUGCCGCAUACCGCAGCUUUGCUUAUUUGACAACCAAGUUUAAUGUAUUCUUAUAAGCCUUCUGCAUUUUAUUGAACAUCGGGGGGGAAUUUUAGCAUAAUAUCUUGCACGGUCAUCUGGAUCCAUUUCAAUUUUGCUACAUCCACGCGAUUGAGUUUUCUUUGUUGAUAAGUAUUGAAGCCCGUCAUAUCUGAUUUUAGACCACUGGAGGUUACAUACACUCUGAGCUCAUUAAUUAUUAUCCUAGUCCUGCUUGAAAUUAUUGGUAUUCGAAAAGGCAUAAAGUCAAAAAAAUAUUUUUUUUAUAUGUCCACUUGUGAGAAGUACUUACUUAUGGAAAGGAUUCACGCAUUACGAUGAUGUCUAUAAUUUUUUUUUUACCUCAUUCGCCUACACUAUAAAAUGACGAAAAAGCUGCUUAGAGGUCUCUACGAAUUAUUUAUAUCCUCUUUGUACCUUUAACAUAGUGUCUGUAUCUUCUUUGAUCCAUACCUAUUAACCCGGCUUAUAUUAUGCAUACGCCUCAGUUUGCCUUCAUCAUAUUGACCGAAAGACUUCCACUGUUGGGCAAACUAUUUUCCAUAGUCCGUAAUCGACUACUUUGAGCUUUGGCAAAAGUAACUGAAAAGUCAUUUGUCAAUUGACAAGCAACUUUAUUAUAUAACGAAAUAUACUUACUUCUCUUUUAGGUAUCGUACAUUUUAAAAGCUGGCAAUUUUGGUAGUGCUUUAGAAUAUGUUAUUUUUAUCAAAAGGUUCACUCGAUCUCUCAUUACGACUGGAUAUAGAUUUUUUUAGGAGUUUCUAUACGCCAUGAUCUUGUGCUGCUAGUAUCGAGUUUCUUCCUGCGACAUGCGACCUGCGACUGCGACUGAGUAUUUUGUAAUUCGCAUGAUCAAUGAUUAGGUUUAGUUAUGUCACGUGUAGAAAGAUGAUAGGAUUGACGGAAUACUUAUAAUUGCGUGUAAAUUAAUGCGUCUUGCCUGAUAUAUAAUAUUUUACUAGCAGCUAGGUUCAGUGUUUAUUAAACUAAAUUAAUAUUUUCAUUGCAUUUUAUAAUUAAUUUACUGGACCUAUCCACUGUUAUCGGUGUUUUUAUAUUCUUCAUAAGUAGUUCUUUGAGUCCAAUAAGCAGUUAAUUCUUUAAUUCUAGGAAACAACUCCGAUUUUAACUUGUAGGUUCGUUCAUUUUUGAAAAACCAUGAAUUUCUGAACUGAGUUUUGUGAUCCAUCUCAUUUACUUUCCUUUAUUAAUUCAUUCAAUUUAUUCCAAAAAUAUUUUAACAAUCCUGAUCAACGUGUCACAGUUAAAUUAGCAACUUACAAAACAAGCAAUUCUGAGUUAAUUCCUAUACAUAAAGGAAAGCCCGAGUUGGAACUUCCGCCCAUAAAUAAUACUCUUUCUAUCCUAAUUAGUGUUUAUGCGAACCAACACUCAGGCAUUCUACGGUGGAUAACACGUAUGCGGCACGGUACAUAGAAACCAAAUUAUGUAUAGCAGCGUACCAAAUUAUGUGUUCAGCAUACUGAACUGAACUGAAGGGAAUAAUAUCAGGUUUGACAAUUGACUAUAGUUAAUAACAUAAAGACUAUUAACCAUAGUUAAUUCUACUCGAAUGAAAAUAAAUCAACCUCGUACUUAUUAAAUGUCAAUAGAAAACAAAAGGAUUUAAGUAUACACUUUAAUGAAUAACCACUAACAAAUAUAAACCCAAGAACAGAAUCAAAUCGAAGCGAAGAAAAUUUAUAUUUUUCUGAUGUCUAUUAAAGUAUUUAAGAAGAGGUGGAUCAGUGUCGCGAGUGCAUCAGUGGUCGUCAGUUUGUGCAAGUCACACGAGAAAAUGCCUCCGAAACAUUUGAAUCGUCUAACAUAGACACCGAGGCAUGAAUGAUUAAUUUAAAAAAAAAAAUUGUUUCUUAUUACAACUAACCUAUUAUUUCAAAAUUUAUGCCGCUAAAAUAAGUUUCCUUGUGUAAUUAGGUAUUAACUUUAACUAGAACUAAUAUAAAAAUGUUUACUAUAUACAAAAUAUUAUUGGCAUCUGCUUAACCAAAAUACGACUAUGUGCAUCUAUUUAGUAAAAUUAAGGUUGUAUAACUACUCGUAAGUGUGUGUAAAUAUUAUUGGUUUGGUUUUAUUCGAUUAUUCUUUCUAGCUAAAUUAUAGUUGAUUAAAAUGUACAUUAUACUUACUAAGCAAGCCUUAUUACUUAAAUCAACUUAACGAAUUGUUGUGUUUUACUGUUGUAAGAAGAUAGUAAUGUACUCUUGGCAAUAAUUAUGCCUAUUCAAUAGCGUUGUGUUAUGCCUGUUCGUCGUAACCAUGCGUAAAAAAUAAUGAAUGUUACUAGGUUACUAGGAUCUACGAUCUCGGUACUUCAGAUUUAUAUAUUUAAAUGUCAUGUGCAUUUGUAUGUCAUGUCAGUACCCUUUACUUCUAAAGUAAUUUUUCUUUUCUAUUUACUAGGUAAGUAUUCAAUUAAAUUUUUCCAUCAACUUUUGAGGGGCACAGAGGGGACAAAGGAAUUUCACUUAUAAAAAUUAUGUACUCCUAUAACUUGUAAGUAGACAUUAUCCAAUAUAGCGUGUAUCUGUAGAUCUGCUACAUGAACCUUAUCGGUAAAUUGUCUUUGAAGGCCAAAGUCCAUAUCAACAAGGCCUUCGCAGCUUCGUGCCUUUACGAAGUUUCAAAACUUAUAUGAAACAACUUAUAUGAUUAUUAUUAUAAAUCUGUUUCGAAUGUUCACUAUUCCCACGUACCCUUUGUAUGCACUUGUGUUACAUCCAUUAUCGUCUAAUGUAAUUUAAGCGCCCACUAAUACUUCAACAAUUGAAAAAAAUAUUUAACGUAGCCACCAGUGCAGCUUGAAGCAUAUCCUAAUUAUCCACCCCUAACUGCUACUUUACCACCAAUACCAAACGUGCGGGUGCAUAAAAAUCUGAGUUCAUAUAGAUUAUGUAUAAUGCUAAAAAACGCCAUCGCAUGUUUUUCUAAGAUUAAUUUUCCUUCUCGGAAUAAUCUCCUAGAAUGUACUUAACGUAGUUUUAGGCUGGCUUGGUAACGGUGGCUUGAAACAUUUGCUGUAGCCACCAGUGCAGCGAGGACGGUCGGUUAUUUCAAAUGUAAGUUGUAACGCAUCUACUAAAUAUAAAAGAUGUGAAUUUAAAAUGCAUAUAAAAAUUUUCGGAACCGACAGGAUUUGA